AUGAGUAUUCCUCGAAGUAUAAGGCAGACGUCGACAAUCUGCGCCCGAUGUCUGCGCCAAUACGGUAUCCGAUCCUAUUCGACUAGCGCUGGCCGCAAUCCACCUCCACCUCCACCUCCUCCAUCUGGAGCCGCGCGACUCAGCAAUCGCCGCCUCCUGUCCAUCCACGGCCAGGAUGCGGCCAAGUUCCUCCAAGGCCUCAUCACCGCCAAUGUACGGCCAGAGUCCCGAACCGGCUUCUAUACUGCCUUCCUGAACGCACAGGGAAAGGUGCUCAACGAUGCUUUUGUGUACCCUACCCUUGGCUCGAAAUGGCACGACGCGAACACUGCUUCCGACGAGCUGGGCUACUUGCUCGAGGUCGAUGGCGAGCAGGCUGAAACACUGCUGAAACACCUGAAAAGACAUAAAUUGCGCUCUAAAUUGAAGCUCCGUUUACUUGAGGAGGGAGAGCUGAGUGUAUGGAGCGUGUGGAAAGAGGAUGAGCGAUGGACUGCGCACACCAAGGCCGAGGACGGCAGUGGAGCCAUUGGCAUGACGGAUUCCCGGGCCCCAGGGAUGGGACAACGGAUACUCUUGCCGUCACAGAACUCCAAAGACGACUUACAAGAAUUCCUAGAUGGCGUGCCGGAGGCUCCGAUGACCGCGUACACCCUCCGAAGAUAUCUCAAAGGCGUCGCCGAGGGACAGGUGGAAAUCCCACGUGAGGAGUCAUUGCCGAUGAAUUGUAAUAUCGACAUUAUGGGUGGCAUCGACUUCAAGAAAGGCUGCUAUGUCGGCCAGGAGCUCACGAUCCGCACGCACCAUACCGGAGUGGUCCGUCGCAGAAUCCUGCCCGUCGUGCUGCAUGACCAUGCACAAGCACCUCCGGAGAGAGUGGAAUACGUUCCAGAUGCUUUCGACGAGGUGCUGGAGAAAGACGCAGACAUCAGGCGAGAUGACAAACGAAAGAGGCCAACGGGCAAGUUCCUCGCCGGCAUUGGGAAUGUCGGGCUCGCAAUGUGCAGGCUAGAGCAGAUGAGUGAUCUCAAAGUGUCUGGUGAGGCAAGCUCGUUUGACGGCGGCGAUCGAUUCAUCGUACAGAGCUCCGAUGGACGCGAGCUGGGAAUCAAGGCGGUGGUGCCGGAUUGGCUGAGAGGUAAGAUCCGCGAACCCAAGAUACAGAAGCGAGUGGGCUAG